UUCCUCCUGUGGGCUUGCAUCAUGGAAGCUAGCAGUAAAUCCAGCAGUCAACAGAUUCUGUGGAAAGAUGUUGAGUUGGGAAAAGAGAAGAAGGCCAAGUACCACACCUACCAGCGAGUGGCUUUGGUUCUGGCUCUGGUCUUCCUCGUCUUGGCGCUCUUUGUUUUCAGCCUGAGAUAUCUGUGGAGCCCCAGUCUGGGGAAGGUGUAUGACCAUCAGUACAAAGCUGUGGUGGAUGGCGUGGAGACAGACAGUAUAAUGGAGAUUGACCCUGGUCGGCACAUUGAGAUCUUCAUAAUUGGGAAUGGGAGUGAAGAGGUACUUGAGGUGCACGACUUCAAAAAUGGAAUCACUGGUAUCCGGUUUGCCGAACAUCAGAGGUGCUACAUCAGGACCCAAACUAGGACCCUACCCACAGUGGCAGAGGUGGAGGCUGAGGACAGAGAGUUACUGCAGGUGGAUGAAACCGAGGCCAUGGAUAUGAAGGUGGACGACUCCCAAGUGUGGGUUCCUGCUGAGGAGCCCAUCGUUAACCCAGCCUUCCUCUUCGACUCCAAGAUCUGGGAGAUUUGCCAGGAGCUGCCCAUCCACUGGAUCCAUCCCUCCCCCCUGAGCGACUCUGACCUUCACGAGGAAGAAAACGUGGAUGCACCCGACGCAGAAGUCAUAGGUCAGCGUUUCACUCGCGACGUCCUGGACCAUGUUCCCGUAAACGACUAUAGAGACGUCGGCAUCGAGCUGGAUAACCGUCUGGAUGACCACGGCUACUGCUGCCAGCACUGUCGCCGUGGUUACCGCUACUGUCGGCGCUACCACGAGCCCCUGGGUGGUUUCAACCCAUGGCCAUACUAUUACCAAGGAGGUCGGGUCAUCUGUCAGGUUGUCAUGCCCUGCAACUGGUGGAUCGCCCGUAUGCUGGGGAGGAUCUGAGGAGGGUCGGUGCCGUCUGGGAGUUAAACUGUUCAUGUCGUCAUAGGUGCAAAUCCCCCUCUGACAAAUUAUCCAGAUCACUUGUCAGAGCAUAACAGCCCAUUGCACAAAAUUAUUAUCCAAUAUAAAAGUAAAAUGGCAUUGGGGGCAUUUUGAUUCUUUCUUAAAAGGCAUCAGUCAUUUAGAGCUGCCUAGUUUUCUUUGUUCAUCACCAAUUUUGUUAUUCCUGAAAUUUGAUCCUGUGCAAUGGAUUCAAUUUAAUUUGGAAGGUGUCGACAACAUCAUCUUUUCUAUAACAAACAUCAGCACUGUCUGUCCUUAUUUUCUUAUACAUUCUUUUUUUUUUUUUUUACUUUAUAGGUUCAACAGGGUUGUCCUAUAAACUGUACUGUAAUGUAUAAAAAUGUACAUACAGUAUAACAAUAAUAUGUAUAACCAUCUUUAAGUGGUGCUAUCUAAUUAGAUAUUAUAUUAUAUUAUAUUAUAUCUAACUAUAUAUCUUACUCUGUUUUUUAAGAUCAUUUUUUAAUAUUACUUAUAUGACAGAUAUAGCAGAAAAAAAGCAAACCCUUCCCCAUAUCCAUCAUAUGAUCUACAAAUAAUGAAGUCAACAUUGUUACAGUGACGCAGUGCAGCACUUCUUGGAUGCUCAUAUGUGUUAGAAAUGAUCUAAAACUAAAAUUAAAAAUAUAAAGACUCCAGAGGCAAAACACUAUAUACAAUAUGUUCAAAUUAAGAAAGGACAAAGUCCAGGCAUCAAGAGCUUCCUGACUGUCUUUGUGUAUUUUAGCAUUAUUUUUCUCUGUUUCUGUGUCAUGCUAAGGAGGUAUGGUAUAAUUAAAGACCCCAGCUGUCCAUUUUGAUGUAGUCAUUGUUGUGUUAUCCUUCAUUGUUUUCACUGUUGUUACAAUCCACAAAAUGCUUUAAAUAGUGCAACUGUUCAAACAGUCUCCUCUUUGCUGAGGCGAUUUAAUCUGUAACACCACAUCUCAAUCUGUCAAGCUGAAAUAACUCUCUGCAACUAAGAGAUAAGCAAGCAAGAUAGGCGUUUGUAAUUGAUGUUCUGUCAUCAGAAUAACAAGGUGCAUAAAUGCCCAAGAGUAUUCAAGCUAUGUGGGAUAUUCUAAAGUUAAACAGUGAGACAAAAACGCAGAGAGCUCACUGCUGUCACAGUUUGCUUUGAAGUCUUGUGUGUGUUUUCUAUCUCUUUCCUGAUUUCUUCCAAUUAAAAUG